AUGCCUGGCCACACACCCGCGGGUCCCACUUCCCACGGUCACCACUACUGUGCACUGGUCCACCAGCCCACUUCCCCCAACAACUCCCGCUACCAGUACGCUCCCGUGAGUGCCAAGUCACCGAUAGCCACCAACUGGGUGACUCCCUUUGGGAGUCCCAGUAUCCCACGCUACUGGUAUGCUCCAUUGAGUGCCAAGUCACCGCUAGCCAACCACUCCCAGCACACCCGCUACCAGCAUGCUCCUGGGAGCGCCAAGUCCCCAUUAGCAGACAGCCAGGUGGCUCCCUCAAGGAGCCCACGUCAUACUUGCUACCGAUACUCAUCCCAUUCCACUCUCCCUCCUCUGGCUAUGCAGCCACCUCCAUUAGUGAGCCAAACGGUUCAGCAACAGUCCACUAACUCCAAACCACUCCCUGACUUCCUGAAAGGGAGUAAUGAUUUUAACACUGUGGUCAAAGCCAAUCAUGACACUGUGAUGAAGGAUCUGGAGGAGAAAGAGGAUGAGGACAAGGAGGACGAGGAUGAGGAUGAGGAAGAGGACAAGGAGGACAAGGAGGAGGAGGAGGAGGAGGGUGAGGACAAGGAUCAUGAGGGAGAUGAGGAUGAUGUCAGGGGUAACCCUGCGGCAUUGUCCUCACCUCUCACUUUGCUAGGUGACACACCUCCACCACCCACCAAACGUCCUUGCCCUCCUGGGUCCUUACCAACAUCUACAUCUUCCAUGCCAACCAAACGUGGCAGAACUGCUGCUGACCCAACCCCAAUUGUUUCUGUGCCCACCUGA